CCAGGCGCCCUGAGGAGCCGCUUCAAAGCCGGCCGCCGCCACUGCAAAGCUGCGCCAGCAAGAGCGGGAGAGGCGCCAGGCGGCUGCCGGCUGUGCCCAGGCUACGGUCCUAAAGAAGGCGCGCGGCUGCCAUGAGCCAGGCGGCCGCCGAAGGGGGAGCUGCAGCCUCCCGCGGCUUCCAUGAGCCGCCCGCCUCCUCCUUCUCCACCUUCCCCACAGUCGACGGCCGGGCGGCGGAACUGAUCGCAGACGCCGCCGAGGACGGAGAACCGCGGAGGAAGGCGGCAGUGGAGGAGAGGGAGGCCGGCGGAGCUCGGCCGCUCGCUUACUGUCUGUCCCUUGAGGCCGGGAAGGAGAUGAAAGAAGUAGAAGGAUGUAUAGAAGAGAUGUUAAUAAGGCUGGAUGAAUUCUGUGGUAUGACUGAUAUGAUUAGGAGUGAUACAUCCAUUCUCUUGGAAGAGAUGAUUCCACUUAUUAAGGCCAAGGUUUCAGAAAUGAACAAUGUCUACACAAAAGUGGAUAAACUAGAGGCAUUUGUGAAAAUGGCUGGCCAUCAUGUUUCUCUCCUAGAAGAACAAAUUCUCCAAGCAGAGAAGACCCAUGCUGGGUGUCCCUCUUCUAUUCAAAAGCUGCUCGGGUCACUAGUUUUCCCUUUAUUUAAAAAAGGAAAGCUCCAUUCUGAAAAUCGCAUCACUGCUGAUGAGAUCUGGAAUGAAAUGACGUUUUGACUGGCAAUUUAUAGCUGUGAUCCAAAAAGUGGUUCAGUUAGAGAACUGCUACUAUGCCUUGGGAUGAAAUUAAAUUAAAGGAGAGGGGAGUCCAAUGUACUUAUUCAAGAAGAGAGAGAGACUUGUGGCAUUUUUCAAGGAUUCAGUGCUCUGCCCUCACUGCCAUCCUAAAAACAUCCUGCUGUACACAGGUAAUACUGACUCUGCAUGAGGUGUGGAAGCAAUUAGCUUGUACUGAGAUACAGCAAUAUCCAGAAGAUGCCUGUUGAAUCCUGGUGUAUGUGGCUGAAGUUGAACAUGGGAUGAUAAUAUGCUGAGUCAGACUAUUGCUUUGCACAUCGCUCAGUUUUGCAUUUACAAUCAUUAGAAGUAACUUCCCAAAGUUUUAGAAUGAAUGAUUGCCCCAAAAUUGGAGGAACAAAAUCCAGAAUCUUUUACAAACAAAACAGUCUUUAGUCAAAUUUAUUAGCUGCCCAGUUCCAAUGAACAUGCUGUGCUAUUGUACAACCAACAAUAGUUUUUCCAAAUAUAUCUAUCUCCAAAUUCAUGACUUUAAAAAAUACAAUGCUUUUACAUCUGUUAUACAGUUUGGAUCUUAAAAUGUGUUUAAACCUGUUGGAAUACUAAAUCAAGUUUGAAAGAAUGUAUAGGGAUAUAUUACUAUGUUGUGGAUUACACGUGUAUUUUAAUUUACAUAAAUGCCUGAACUGUUUCUUUUACACUUUUUAAAAAAGUUUCAAAUCAGUUUGUUCAACUGCUUUAAAAGUUACUGCAAUAUUUUACAAAAAAGAGCUGAAAUAUGUACGUAAGAAAGAUAGUUUCCUGCUUCAUUAAUGAAAUCUGAUUUAAACUUAUCAAGACAGAGGUGGAAAAGAAAUACACUAGACAGAUAAAAUAGCUAUGAGAACAACCCCCACACUCUGUAUAAAUAUUAAGAGGCUAAAUUAAUAAAUGUAGUUGGGCAGAUUAACCAAACAUUCUUCUGGUGUUCACAUAACACAUUAUUUUAUGGCAUAAGUAAUGGCUUGGUUUUUGGUUCACACAACAUGCUGACCAAAUCCAUUAUAGCCUAGGGAGUAUCCAUCCAUAUCAUUACUAUUGUUUUAUAUUAUGAAACUCCAGAAGUUAUUAUGUUAACAUAUUUAUGGGAACUUGUUUGAUAAUACAAGGAGAUUUCACUGCUUUUUAUUUGCACUGUAUUUUUAGAGAGCCAUUUUAGAGCUUUAUAAAAUAAUAGAAUCACUCAAUUAAUUUUGUUUACUUACUAAAUUUAGAAACUGACCAUUUUAUUCAUAGAGUGACUCUUUUUUUAACAAAUAUUUUACUGAGUUUUUUAAGGGUAACAAGGGAAUAGGGUCAACAGAGGUAGAACAAAGGGAGACAUACAAAAGGGUUAAACCAAAGAAAGGGGGUAAACACAAAAGUGAGAUCAAUCCCACAAACUAACAUCGCUUCAGCAAGUAAACCCAUCCGGGUAUACAUAUUAAAUCUUAAUAAUUACUCUAGUAUUAAACAGCUUUCAAAUUAGUCAUGUAAAUAACAAGUUAAUCAAUAUAUCUCAUUCAUUUUACUAAUUAACAAUGCUUAAUACUAAUUAGUUGUAAUAACUUUAAAAUAGUAAUAUAUUACUUAUUGGUUAUAACAGUGGUUCUCAACCUUUUUAAU